AUGUCUCAACAAACUGAACAUUUCUUUUUUUACGAAAGAAUUUCGACAAUCUGGUUUGUUAUCUUACCGCUUUUUAAAAAGCGUCACUUUGACGCAAUUGCUUUGACCGAGACAUGGCUUAAAGAUAAAGAUGAUCUACCUUCCUUUGCAAUAGCGGACUACCAAGGCCCAAUAGUCUUAAMUCGGCCAAACGAAGAUGGUGGCGGAGGAGUUGCUCUUUAUGUCAGAAAUAAUUAUAAUUUUAAGAUUCGCAAUGACUUAAAGUAUAAUAGUAACGAUAUCCAAUUUCUGUUUGUCGAAGUGGAAAAGAACAAGGAAAGCAAAUUAGUGGGUGUCACAUAUA